AUUUAUGAAAACAAGUAACAACAACAUUAUCCAAAUCUUCAUUGAUUGGUAAGGUUCUAUAUAUAAGACCACCCAAUAUUAUAUGCUUUAUCUGUUAAAGUUAACUACUCCAUAUACAUGUAAUCAUGGCCAAUUCCAUUUCAUAAUAGAGGAGACACUUUCUUCCAUUUUCUUCUUCUUUAGGUGACAAAGGGCAAAACAAAUAUUUCUAGAAAUGAAUGUGAAGGGAAUCAAAGAUGGUAACAGUAACAAAAAUUGGAUUGUUAAGCAAGAUGUGGAUGAUGAUGAUGUAACUGAUUCAAUUUCGAAUGGAUCUAUUACAGAAGAUUCAAUGAAUUCUAUGUGUUCAUCUUCUUCAUCAGAGUUAGAUGAUGAUCAAGAAGCAUCCUCUUCAACUUCUAGUUUGUCAUCUUCAUCAUCAUCACAUUCAAAUGGUCCCUUAUAUGAACUAUCAGAACUUAUGAACCAUCUCCCUUUGAAGAGAGGAUUGUCUAUGUUUUAUCAAGGGAAGGCACAAUCUUUUGGUUCUUUAGCUAGAGUGCAGAGUGUAGAAGAUCUUUCUAAGAAAUUAGAGAGACCAAAUUACAGAAACAAAAAGAAAUCAUGCAAAAGCUUUGGCCGGUACUUGUGCACUCCAAAGGCAACAAUAUCAAAAAAAAGCUUCAAGAGGAGCUUGUAUAAUAACUAGAAGAGGGAGUUUCCUUGGAGGGUCUAGAUCUUCCUUUGCCGUACAAAAAAACUUUUGAAAUUCAAUCUUGUAAGAGCUUUUUGUUUCAUUUCAUGCACAAAAAUAUUGAGGAAAAUUUUGAAUCGCUCAUAUUUUUUGAUGAAAUGAAAUCUUCUUAAUUAUUAUAUUACUUAUUCUACACGUAGAUGAUUGAUCA